CCUUGUUUGCCCUCAAAUUUCUCUUCACCACCGUAUUUGUCUCGUUUCUCAACAUCUCUCCUCAAUUAAGGAUCCCCUUCCUAUCCUACCCCAUUCUACAUUUUUUCUUCUUCUUCUUGCUCUUCAUUUCCCGACAAGGCUUUUGUUUCCCAUUUGAUCCACAAAAUGGCGAACGCGGCGUCUGGAAUGGCAGUGGAUGAUGAAUGUAAGCUGAAAUUCUUGGAGCUAAAAGCGAAAAGGAAUUACAGGUUCAUCAUUUUCAAGAUUCAUGACCAGCAGGUGGUGGUUGACAAACUUGGCACCCCUGCUGAAACCUAUGAAGAUUUCACCGCAGCUCUGCCAAAGGAUGAGUGUCGCUACGCUGUCUUCGAUUUUGAUUUCACUACUGCUGAGAACUGCCAGAAAAGCAAAAUUUUCUUCAUUGCAUGGGCACCGGAUUCAUCCAGGGUGAGAAGUAAAAUGGUGUAUGCGAGUUCAAAAGACAGAUUUAAGAGAGAAUUAGAUGGAAUUCAAGUUGAGUUACAGGCAACGGAUCCUAGUGAAAUGAGCUUCGACAUUAUAAAAGCUCGGGCAAUUUAAACGCUUUUAUUGCGCUUUAAAUCUUACGAUUCCAUGACAUUCCCUGUCCUAAGCAAUUUCAAACUUUCAUCACUUGCUUAUGUGUAUUUUUCUUAAAAAAAAAAAGAAAGAAAAAAAAGAAUAUUUCGUCUUUUUUUAAAAAAAAUUCACCUUUAUUUUUUUACUUCGUGUCUGUGUGUUUUUUAACCUUGACUGUGUAGUUUUAUUGUUCUAAUAUUAUCCAUUCCUUAAUGCUAAAUGUCCUUUCAAUCA